UGUCUGUGUGUUCCCUAUAAAUCCUAAACUCUUCUGUUUCAAUCAUCAAUGAAGAAGAGAAACACUGCAUGACCACCUUUCCCUUCUUCUCUCCCCCACGUCAAACAAUCAAUUCAAAAACAACUACAUUGCUGAGGAGUUGGAGGAGUAGUUGUUCCUUUUUCUCAUAAAACACAGCAUGCAUUUGUUGUGAAGAAGAAGAGCAAGAGAAAAAAGCCACACAAACACUAAAAGUGACCAAUCCUUCAUUCUUUUUCCUUCAAAAAUAUAAAUCUCAAACUAACUCACAAAUGCUUCAUUGCAUGGCUUCUUCUUCUACUUCUACUUCUACUUCUACUUCCUCCUCUUAUCUCUCUGUUUUUGAGAGACAAAAAACUUGGUUCAAAUCACAACAACAACAACAACAACAACAUCAAGCCAACUACUUGAUCAAUGAGUCUCUGAAUUCACUUUACCAACCAAGUGAUUCUCAUACCAUGAAUUACCAACAAGAGCUUUAUGAUCAACUUCCUUCACUAAAUUCCGGUUGGCCGGACCUCUCUUCGCUCACCGGAGACCCCGUUUCAAAGAAACGAAAAGCCGAAACAUCAAGAUCUUCAAGCCCAAAUAACAAUGUAACAGAAGAAGAAUUCAAUAAAACAGAGAAAAGAAUAAAAGGAGAUGCCGAAAUAACUGCGGCAUUAUUAUCUGAUCAUCAGGAUAAAAAGAUAAAGGAAUCAUCAACUCAAAAGUCUGAUUAUAUUCAUGUUAGAGCUCGCCGUGGUCAAGCCACUGAUAGUCAUAGUUUGGCUGAAAGAGUGAGAAGAGAAAAGAUCAGUGCAAGAAUGAGGUACUUGCAAGACUUAGUUCCUGGUUGUAAUAGAAUUACCGGAAAAGCCGGAAUGCUCGAUGAAAUCAUUAAUUAUGUUCAAUCUCUUCAGAGACAAGUCGAGUUCUUAUCGAUGAAGCUCGCCGCGAUGAAUCCAAGGCUUGAUUUCGGUAUCGGUGACUUGAUCGACAAAGAGAUAAAUGCAAUGACAAUGAGUAAUAUGAUUCCGCCGGGGAUCAUCGGAAUGUCGUCGGAGGUUGUGGAUCAUUCUUGCUUUCAGUUUAGUUCAUCUCAACAGGGUAUGAACUCUUCGAAUGCCGACCUUCUUCAGAGGACUGAAAACUCUUCGGUACCGAUGCCGGAGCAAUUCUUGGAUUCAUGCUUCAAUAUUCAUGGAGCUUCUUCAACUUGGAAUACUGAUUUAAACUGCAUCCAUGAUCUGGGAUACUCAUUUCAGUUAUAUCAAGGUAAUGUUAUAGCUAACAAUCUGAAGAUGGAGAUAUGAACUUUUUGUAAUAUUUGUAAUCCAUUGUCACAAUCAUAUGUAUAAAAUUCUCUAGCUCUAAAUUUGUAAUAUUUUUAAUAAGUAUAGUUUUAUGUUUUAAAUAAAA